AAAGGGCUUCUUCCUCCUCUCCGCAAUGUGCAUGUGGCGCCUCUAGUCGGGCCCCGCCUCUUUUCCCACUCUCUCUCUUCCUCCGAGCAUUCGGCUCAGUUGGCUGUCGUCUGUUGUGCUUGGUGAACGUCCCCCGUCGCUGCUCGUUGUGGUACCGCCUUUGCUCUCUCUCCUGCCCCGUCGUCCAGGAUAACUUAGUUUUUUUCCCCGACAACUCUCUAUUUCAUCCAAUAAUAUCCACUAUGGCUGACCAGUUGACAGAAGAACAGAUUGCUGAGUUCAAGGAAGCCUUCUCCUUGUUUGACAAAGAUGGUGACGGCACCAUCACCACCAAAGAGUUGGGAACUGUCAUGAGGUCGCUUGGACAGAACCCCACUGAAGCUGAACUCCAGGACAUGAUCAAUGAAGUUGAUGCUGAUGGUAACGGAACAAUCGACUUCCCCGAGUUUCUGACGAUGAUGGCUCGCAAAAUGAAAGAUACCGACAGCGAGGAAGAGAUUCGAGAAGCCUUCCGUGUGUUUGACAAGGACGGCAAUGGUUUCAUUUCAGCUGCUGAGCUCCGGCACGUCAUGACCAAUCUAGGAGAAAAGUUGACCGACGAAGAAGUCGAUGAAAUGAUUCGCGAAGCUGACAUCGACGGAGACGGCCAAGUUAACUAUGAAGAAUUCGUGACCAUGAUGACCUCGAAAUGAAUAAAUCCUGCGGUGUCGUGCCCCUUCCCCAGUGAGCCGUGUGUAGCGUGGACGUGGUUGUGUUUACCGAAACAACAAUCAACAACAAAACGUACCAUACUUUUCAAAGCAACUGUUUGUAAGACUACAACAACACCCGGCUGACGAUACGCAAAACAAGAAAAAGAAAAAAAAAAAAAGAAAAUAAGCCAGUUGUCAUUGAUCUUUCGAGGGCGGCAUCCAUUUUGUGAAGGGAAAAUAACAUCACCAGAUUUCUGUUUCAAAUAGUUUUUUUUUUCCUUUUUUUUUUGCUUUUUUAAAAAUAUUUUGUGUGUAAAAAAAAACUAACGUCAACGUUACUGUCUAAAAACACUUUGGUUCCCAUGCAUAUAAGCUGCGCUCGUCCAGUGUAGUGUUGUGAACUGCCGUGCUGCUCGGGGAUGGAAUACUGGACCAAGUUAAUUUAAAACAGAAUACGAAUCGGCAGAUUAAGAAAAGAAAAAAAAACAUAACAUGGGGAAUUAUUUGUCUUAAAAAAAUAAGUGAUUUUUUCGUCAGCUGUAGAAGAAAUUCGAUACAUUCACCAUCAACCAGAACCCUUCCUCUCGUUUUUACCCUUUCGUUCAUAUAAAAAAAAACUUGUUUGGUUCAACCUUCAUCGUUUGUGUCUAGUUUUGCUCUUUUUCAUCCCUUAAAUUUUCGUUGUUUUUGAACCAUCUGUACACAAAAUCGAGCAACGGCUGAGCUGGGUAGUGGUGUGAGAGAAUGGCAGAAAAAGAAGCCCAUCAUUCUUUGAUAGAAUUAGUAUUCUAGAUGAAUCUGCCGAGUGUGAAAAAAAAAGCAGGAAGAAUUUUUUAUGUUUGGAGUCGGCCAGUUUUCUUCAUUCUAUUUUUGAAUGUUUUUCUUCAUUGUAUUCCUCCUCCCCUCCGAACUUUUAUCCCAUAAAUUAGAAAAAUCCAUCCGUUCGAUGACUGAGACACAUUCAUCUUCGAGCCCUAGAAACAACCAAAUUAUUUUCAAAUUCUUUGUGGUGUGUUAUAUCCGCCCAACCUCUUUCCUCGAUAAAACACAACCAAUUUUGUCCACUUAAAAAAAAUUAAUAGACGUGGACUUCCUCCCUUUCCCGUUUUUUCAAUCUUUGUGCAUUGAUUUUUGGGUCUCGUCUUCUUUCGCGUUUUUCUUUGUGGGUAUAAUUUUUCGUUCCCCCCAUACUGUUGAUGCUUUUGCGUUUUCCCCUUUUUUGAGGCUAUUUUGUGCAAAUCUUUUCCAAUUUCGAAUUCGAUAGGGAUCUGGGAUAGGGGUUUGAUGGUAGCCGAGUCGAUUGGAUAACACAGACACACAGGAAUUAUUUUGAAUAAAUAUUCCUCUUAAUCAUUUGAUUCCCACCCGUUUUACAGCGUUUCACAUCAUUAAUUAGUUUUUUGGUUAAAAAAAUCCCAUGUUUUGUUCGCACAGUGCGGAAUAUUACUUUUGGGUGUGUGAACCGUUGCCCACUGACCCUUCCGUUAUUUUAUUUUCUUUUCACAUGAAAAGAAAUUGUGACUUCCUCUCCUCCCCCUUUUGAUGUGUGGCGAUUACACAAAAUUUUUGUCCUCGAA